AUGUCACAGUCACAAUCUUAUAGAUCUACUCGUUCGUCAGGUACUCAAUCUCUUUCUUUUGAAGAUGUUGUUAUGACUGGUUUAGCCAAGGAUGGGGGAUUAUUCAUUCCAUCGGUUAUUCCAAAAUUACCAUCAAACUUUGUCGACGAGUGGAAAGACUUGAGCUUCCAAGAGUUAGCUUUCAAUAUCAUGAGAUUAUAUGUUGCUGAAGCAGAAAUUCCAAAUGAAGAUUUGAAAAGCUUAAUUCACGCUUCGUAUUCCACGUUCAGAUCGGAUGAUGUUACUCCAAUUAAGCCUAUUGAUGAGAAGAACGGUUUGUACUUGUUGGAAUUGUUUCACGGGCCAACGUAUGCUUUUAAAGAUGUUGCCUUACAAUUUGUGGGUAACUUAUUCGAAUACUUCUUGAAGAGACGUAAUGCGAAUGCUAAGAGCGUAGAAGAUAGAGAAACUAUUACUGUUGUGGGAGCAACUUCUGGUGAUACUGGUUCGGCUGCAAUCUACGGUUUAAGGGGUAAAAAAGAUGUUUCUGUUUUCAUCUUAUAUCCAACCGGUCGUAUUUCUCCAAUUCAAGAAGAACAAAUGACCACAGUGGAAGAUGCUAACGUACACACGUUAUCAGUUAAGGGAACAUUCGAUGACUGUCAAGAUAUUGUGAAGCAAAUUUUCGGAGACAAGGAAUUCAACGACAAGUACCAUGUUGGUGCUGUGAAUUCGAUUAACUGGGCUCGUAUUUUGGCUCAAAUGACUUACUAUUUCUAUUCAUACUUUCAGUUAGUCAAACACUUAGGUGAUGACUCUUCCAAGAUAAGAUUCGUCGUUCCAUCCGGUAACUUUGGUGAUAUUUUGGCUGGUUACUACGCAAAGGAAAUGGGCUUGCCUGCUGACAAAUUAAUCAUUGCUACUAAUGAAAAUGAUAUCUUGGACAGAUUCAUGAAGUCUGGUCGUUAUGAGAAAUCUGGAGAUCAAUCCAAGCCAGCUGAAGUUAAGGCUACUUACUCUCCAGCUAUGGAUAUUUUAAUCUCUUCAAAUUUUGAAAGAUUGUUAUGGUAUUUGAUUAGAGAUAAUUUGACCAGCAAUGAUGACAAUAAAGCAGGUGAAAUAUUAAAUGACUGGAUGCAACAAUUGAAGUCAACUGGUUCUGUCGUCGCCCCUGAAUCUGUUGUUAAAGCUGCUAGAGUUAAUUUCAGUUCAGAAAGAGUUAAUGAUGAAGAGACUGCGUCUACUAUCAAGCAAAUUUAUCAUAGCCAUCCUGAAAAGUAUGUCUUGGACCCACAUACAUCUGUUGGUGUCACUACUUCCUAUAGAUUUAUCGAAAGGGAUUCUGCUGAUGGUGCAUCCAACAUAAAGUAUAUUUCGUUAUCCACUGCUCACCCAGCAAAAUUUGCUGAAGUCGUCAACGCAUCUUUAACAGGUGUAGAUGGCUAUUCGUUCGAAAAGGACGUUUUGCCUGAUGAAUUGAAAGCUUUGUCCUCUAAGGAAAAGAGAUUGAAAUUAAUUGAUGAAGCCUCAUUAGAAAAAAUUAAAGCUACAAUCAUCGAGGAAUUAGCUAAGGAACCAAAAUAA